AUGAAUACAUCUACAUCCACUGUUCAAACCAAGAGACGUGGGUUGAAGAAGUUUGUUGAAGAAGAGAAUGCUGCCACUUUACACUUGGGAGAAGAGUUUAAUUUGAAGCAAAUCAACCAUCAGGGGCAGGAGGAAAACCUAGUGGCUUUAAAUUUGAGUGAGUCUCGUUUGAUUAUAAAGGAAACGCUACAGAACCGUCGGAAAUUAUUCAAGACAUGGGCAAGCAAUGGUGCAUCAAAUAAGGACGAUGACAUGGAUGAUGAAGAUAACGUCAAUGUGCAUACCCAAACACAGGAGAAAGAGUUACAGGAUAUAGAUAGAUUGCUUGAACAGACCACUGGUGGACAGAAUCAAGCGUUGAAGCAGACCAUGAUAUACCUAACGAAUUUUUCACGUUUCCGUGAUCAGGAAACAGUAACCGCUGUAUCACAGCUUUUAUCAUCCACAGGGUUGCAUCCAUUCGAAGUGGCGCAAUUGGGUUCUCUAUCGUGCGAAGAUGCAGAUGAAGCCAAGACUCUAAUUCCAAGUUUAGGAACCAAGAUAUCUGACGAAGAUCUAGAAAGAAUCCUAAAGGAAUUAUCGAAUUUGGAAACUUUAUACUAA